AUGAUGUUUGAUGACGAAGAAUUUGAAGAUAACUCAGUUGAUUACAACAGUUUAGUUAUUAAUAGAUCUACAACCAAUAAUGGAGCCAAACCAAAACUUGGAAAUGAUUCACUUUAUAAAAGUUUCCAAAAUUCACAAUCAUCUAAUGAUGAACCACCUUCUACUGAUCAUUUUUAUAAUUUUAAAUUAAAAUUAGCUGGUGAUAAACAUACAAAUAAUGCUAAAGGUCAAUUUGUCCGAAUUCCUCAUUUUGUAUCAGCAGGAGGAUCUAUUGGUGGUCAUUUCAAUAUCUUGUGUACCAGACCUAUAACUACUACUGAAAUUAUUCAGAUUUAUGAUGAUCCAAAAGUUAAACCAACUACAAGUAUUAUAAAUGAAUUCCCUUUGAAAUCUAAUGUUUUUGAAUUUACAUCAACUAAAACUUCAUUAAAAAAAUGUCAAGCAACGAUUAAAUUAUUACAACAAAAAUUUAAUUUAGAAUAUUCAAAAGCUGAAACUAAUUGUGGUUUAUGUAUUGGACAAAGAGAAGAAAAUUUAUUUGAAGCUGCUCAAGAAUCUAGUUAUAAUUCUCUCCAUAUUGUUAGAGAAAUUGAAAAAUGGACCAAGAAAACUCAACUUAAUAGAUUUAUAAGAGAAUAUUGUUUAGAUGAUGGCAAAGUUAGUAUCACAGCUCAAAAAGAUGAUAAAAUGUCUCAUCAUAAUGAAUCAUCAACUGAUAAUAAAGUAAUAAUGAAGGAGUAUUUCAUACCUUCUAAAGAUGAGAUUAUUAACGAUAACACAUCAGAUGAUGUUCUUUUGAUAAUAUUCCCAAUGUUUAAUACGCUUGAAGAUGCUAUCAAAAAAAUAUGGACACAAAGAUCAGUAAUUUCAGAUAUGAGAUUAGGCUAUAGUUUUGAUCAUAAAGAUUAUUCAAAUUUAACCAAAUUAUAUGUUGGUGAUGUUAAAUAUAUUAAUUGGAGAGAAGAACAAAAUACUGAUAUUGUAUUCAAAGAAAUUCUCGCUGAAGAAAAUUCAAAAUCUUUAAUCAAGAGGAAAAUGGAUACUAUAGAACAAGUUGGCUCUUCAUUAUUUGCUGAAUUAAGACAAUCACUUGAGAAAAUAAAUUUUCAGAAAAAUUGGAAUAAUGGUGGUAGAUUUAUAAAUCCAUAUAUUGAUAUGGCUUCAUAUGCAUUUGAAUCUGAAGCUGGGAAUGGGUUAUAUAUUUCAGCCCAUUCAACAAGAAAAUUGGAAAUUUAUGAUGUUGAAGAAUUAAUAUUACAUCUUCCAGAAGUUAAAACUUUUGAAGAUGUGGUUAUGUAUUAUUGGAACUAUCAAGGUAAAGUCGCUUCAAAGGCACUCAUUGCAGAUUCAACAUAUGAUGUUGAUUCCAUAACGGAAGCAUAUGCUGGAUAUUUGAAAUAUAUUGAGCAAAAUCAAUGUACAAGUUGUUAUCAUUCAUGUGUGAAUGAUGGUGAUGAUUGUGAUGAAGACGAACAAUCCGAAAGGGAACAAUUCUUAUAUGAUGCUAAUAUUGUCAAUAAUAAUGCCAUUGUGGUCUCUUUUGAAUUUGAAUGUGAAUAUCAUAGACCAGAAUUGAACUCAUUUUUAAAUUCAGUUGCUUCUCAAAAUGGAUUAUAUGAUCUUUUCCCAGAUUAUUCACAAUCAAUGCAUCUUGUUAAACUUCCAUCUAGAAAUCAAAAUUUAGCUGAUGAUAUAAUGGUGGUUAUGACACCAACUAAAGAUGAUUUCAAUAUAGAAGAGUUCUUAAAAGCUUUAAGAGGGAAAUUGAUUAAUGAUAAAGUAAUUGAAAGAGAUACUGAAGAAAAAUCUUCCCCAGAUUCAGUUAAAUUUCACGUUGGAGCUGGCGAAUUGUUUGAACAAGAAAUAUAUGAGUCAUGUCAAAUGAGAUAUUGA